AUGGUGCUUUUGAACGGCGUCAAGUACGCAUGCGAGCGCUGUAUCCGUGGCCACCGUGUCAGCUCAUGUACACACACGGACAAACCCUUGACCAUGAUCAAGCCCAAGGGCCGCCCGGCGUCGCAGUGUCCCCACUGCCGCGAGCAGCGCAAAUUGAAAAACACCCACUCGAGCUGUAACUGCGGCAAAAAGGGCAAGUCGCCCGGACAGCAUUUGGCAUCGUGUUUGUGCCACAAAAACUCCCACUGCACGUGUCCCAGCAAGGACAAGAAGGCGCGUCCAAAGAAGCCCCUGGUGUCUGGACCCAACGACGAAACGGAGGCCGAGCGCGCCGCUGCCGGCCUGGGCUUCCUCAUUGAGGAUGUGGUCAUGCCGUUCGAGACCGACCAGGGCUUGUUGGACUUCUUUGGCACCAAACCGGAAGACUUGGCUGACAAGGGCUUGGCGUCCUUGGACCACAGCUACGUGCACCACCAGAGCGACCCUAGCUUCCCAGAGCCGCCCUCAGAUGCAGAGUUGGAUCUCAUGGAAAACAUGUUUCCGCUCUUUCCCCUCGUGGGCAACUGCCUGUUUGACAAUUCCAAGUCGUUGCCCUUGCUGCCAUUGCCUGACGACCGGCUGGCCGGUGGCCUCCUCGGGAGCACUAUCCAACUCAGUGGCAGCACUAGCCAGAUCAACGGUAGCCACAGUGCCAACGGUAGCCAGACCAAACUUGGCCACAAUGGUCCCAACGGCCAGAACGGCACGGCCAACCAAUCUACCUUCAAUCUCAAUGGGCAUGCAACUGGUUCCAACCAGGCCCAUUCUAACCAGGCCAACUCCAGCCAAUUGGGAUUGAAUGCUAGCAACUACCAGAGUACUCCGCUCCAUUCUAGUACCAGCCAACUCAGUAGCCAUGCCCAUGCUUCUUCUGCGUCGCUCGCCAGUCAGGCGCCAUACCAGCCCCGGCCGUUAAAGGCCUCGGCCUCGUUCAACUCAUAUGCUCAUGGCGCACGCCCGCGCCGCCCUGAGAGCCUGUUGUCUAUUACGUCGACGUCUUCCAACACCAGCAAGCAAAACUUGUUGGAGCUGACCCACCCUGGCAUUAGCAAGCUGGCAAGCACGACGGCGUUCCCGCCGUACCAGGCGACGGAAAACAACUCGUCUGAUGAUUUCAAUGGGUACUAUGACUCGUCGGGUGUUACGGACGGUCAUCUGUUUUCGGUACUCAAUGAUUAUGACGAGCUCUCGCGCAAUAUGCACAUGGGUACCACCACGCCACAACUGUCGCUUCCUUCCCGACAGCCACUGCAAUCGCGACGCAAAACUUCGCUUUCCAUGACGCAGUUCAUCCACAGCCACAACCAUGGUCACUUGACCAAGGAACAUUCCGUGGCGCCGCAUGUCACGUCGUCUGACACCGAGGGCUCGCCGCGGCACUUUUCGCCCUCGUCCGAGCAGGGCGCAUUCAAAAACGACACUGGGCUCCGCCAGGUGGAGGAAGACGUGAAGAAUGAAGAGGACUUGGAGCAUAAGGUCAAGCCGCGUGAUGAGACGUUGGCUACUCUCUUGGCGAAUAAUCCUGGCUUGAGCUUGGCCGAGUUUCUGGAGGCAACUUCCAUUCCAAUGUUUCUGGAAUUUGUCAACCCGGUAAAGCACGCUUAG